AUGUCAGACCGAGAGUUUGGAGCAACCGUUCAAAAAAUAAUAACCGAAAUCCUUCCCACUUCAUCCGGGCAGACCUUUGCUAAGGAUGCGCGCGAUCUGCUCAUAGAAUGCUGUGUCGAGUUCAUCACCUUAAUAUCUUCCGAGGCAAACGAUAUCAGCGAGAAGGAGGCGAAAAAGACAAUCGCAUGCGAACACAUCGAGAAGGCGCUAACGGAUUUGGGUUUUGGAGAUUAUGUACCUGACGUACUUGCGGUGGCAGAGGAGCACAGGGAGCAGCUGAAGUCCCGCGAGAAAAAAGUCAAUAAGAUGGAGCAGAGCGGCCUCACGGAAGAAGAGCUGCUCCGACAGCAGCAGGAACUCUUCCGCUGUGCGGGCGAGAAGUAUAAUGCGGGCAGUUGA